AUGUCUUCCCACGACGAAUUUUCCUCCGACGAAGAAGAAGAGGAAGCCUCCCAGGUUUUUCUCGGCUAUAUCGAUGCCCCCAUCGACGCGGACGAGCAGCCAACCAUCGAAGACACGUUCCUAGGCGGUGAGCCCGCAUGGCUCCAUCCGGACGUGGCGCCGCCAGCUGAGUUGUUACACUGUGGCCACUGCACUGCCCCAAUGGCCUUGUACCUACAGGCAUGUGCUCCAGUAGAUGGAACCUUCUACGACAGAUCCUUAUACGUGUUUGGAUGCAAAAAGGGUGGGUGCAGAAGACAAAAGGGUGCCGUGAGAUGUCUCAGGGGAAUCUGCAAGGACUCCAGAAAGAUGAAAGCGAUGGAAACGGAGACACAGGAAGCAACCAGAAAAUUACUUGACGAAAAGUUGAAGAUCGAAGAAAAGAAGAAGCUUGCCUUUGAGGUCACAAAGGACUUGUUUGGCAAGAAGGAGGGUGAUGCUUCUAAUAAUGUCGCUGCUGCCAAUCCCUUUGGUGGUAACCCAUUUGCCCAAAGCAAUCCCUUCUCCCAGCCUGAGGCUGACACUCCCUUUGGUACAGCCGCCACUCCCUUUGGUACAGCAGUCACUCCCUUUGGUACAUCUGAGGCUACCAAGCCAAGUUUCUCGGAGGUUGCAACCAGAGCUGCGCCGCCAAAGGCCAAGAAGAUUAUCAGUCCAAAGGUAAAGCUUUCGUCUUUCCCGGGCUCCUUUGUCUAUGUAGAAGCAGAAAAGCUCACAAAGGUCACGGAAGCCUUGCCUGCCAACGUCAAAAUUGACUCUUCGGCAUUGGACACGGCGUUCGAGGCCCCUGCGGCCGUGGGUGGAAAGAACACCAUAACUCCGGAAGCCCAGCAGAUUGCAAGCAUGAUGGAGGACAAGCAGUUCCAGCACUUCACCUCUGUCGUGCAGCACAACCCGCAGCAGGUUUUGCGCUACGACAUGGGCGGGAAGCCGUUGUUAUACACCUCCAAGGAUGACGUGGCCAGGGUGUUUGUCAACGAAAACAAGGAGUUCAGGAUCCCCACCCCGGGCUUCAACCCCUCGUCCCAGAGACGCUUCGAGUUGCAGCUCAUGCCUAAGGCCAUUAUGGACUUGGACAGUGCCACCAGCGACAUCCUCGCGGACGGGAUGGAAUGGGGCACUAUCAUCUGUUGCACCGAUGUGGAGGACUAUAUCCCCGAGGACAGAUAUACUAUCAUUGAGGCUGACGGCGAGAAGAUUGAGGUUGCCUAUGUGGAGGAGUGGUGCGGUGUCCAAUGGGAAUAGCAGGUAGGUAUGAGAUUGUGUAUAGUUGAAAGCUUGAAAAUGACGAGAGGCAAGGCAGUACGAGUGAGAUGUGGAUACUACGUUAUCUGAGUGUCUAUUUAAUGUUGAUGAUCUUGAAUUGAUGUCUUCAAAGCAGUGUGCAGUAGCCUAGAGGUAUUGUUGCUCGAGUGAUGGAAAUAUCGAACGGUUUUAAAAAUGUUUCAAGAACAAAGGAAUGAAUCAUCGUCCAAAGCACACUUCGUUUGUCACUGCCGAGUCU